CCUCAGCAAAGCCACUCUGCGUGGUGUACACUCCGUACUUGACUCCAUCGCACUGACACAUCGACGGCCGAUGAGGUGAACUUGAAAGUGCUUAUCAUGCUUUAUCUAUCUAUCCAUUGUUAGGGUUCCAGAAAAAGCCAUGGCGAAGCACUGUUUGUCUAGACUACUAUUCCCCUCUCGUUUCCAAUUCAACCGAUUCAUUUCUUCUUCUUCUUCUUCUUCAACAUUUGAAGCCUUCGACCCCCCUCCCUCUGUUCCUCCUCGCAGAGUCGUCGUCACUGGAUUGGGCAUGGUUACGCCACUUGGUUGUGGAGUGGAAACUACAUGGAAGCGACUGAUAGAGGGGGUGUGUGGAGUAAGGGCAAUAACUCCUGAAGAUCUCAAGAUGAGUGGAUUUGAUAGAGAGACGCAGUUGCAUACUUUUGAUCAGUUGACAUCGAAAGUUGCUGCGAUCGUUCCUUGUGGAACCAAUCCGGGCGAUUUCAAUGAGGACAUAUGGCUCAAUUCCAAGGAGCAUAGGUCAGUUGCAAGGUUUAUAGGCUAUGCAUUAUGUGCAACUGAUGAAGCUCUUAGAGAUGCAAAUUGGAUUCCUACUGAGCAGGAGGAGAAGGAAAACACAGGAGUCUCUAUUGGUGGUGGAAUCGGAAGCAUCAGUGAUAUAUUGGAUGCAUCACAAUUGAUUUGUGAGAAGCGCCUUCGUCGGCUUAGUCCAUUUUUUAUCCCACGGAUACUGAUAAACAUGGCAGCUGGUCAUGUGAGCAUGAAAUACGGAUUCCAGGGACCAAACCAUGCUGCAGUGACAGCUUGUGCCACUGGGGGACAUUCUAUUGGCGAUGCUACAAGGAUGAUUCAAUUUGGAGAUGCUGAUGUUAUGGUGGCUGGAGGAACGGAGUCCAGCAUAGACGCUUUAUCCAUAGCAGGAUUUUGUAGGUUGAGGGCUUUGAGUACAAAGUAUAAUUCUAAUCCAGAAGAAGCUUCACGACCUUUCGAUUGUGGUCGAGAUGGAUUCGUUAUAGGUGAAGGUUCUGGGGUCUUGGUGUUGGAGGAACUGGAACAUGCAAGAAAGCGGGGAGCAAAAAUGUAUGCAGAAGUUCGUGGUUACGGGAUGUCAGGUGAUGCACAUCACAUUACUCAACCACAUAGUGAUGGAAGAGGUGCGAUUUUGGCCAUGACACGUUCUUUAAAGCAGUCCGGUCUUCGUGCUAAUCAAGUGGGUUAUGUAAAUGCUCAUGCUACGUCUACUCCUCUUGGUGAUCAAAUAGAAGCCAAUGCUAUUAAAUCCUUGUUUUCUGAGCAUGCAACAUCAGGUGCCUUGGCUUUUUCCUCCACAAAGGGUGCUAUUGGUCAUCUGCUUGGAGCAGCUGGUGCAGUGGAAGCAAUUUUUGCAGUUCUAGCUAUGUACCAUGGAAUUGCUCCAUUGACACUCAAUCUCACUGAACCAGAGCCUGUUUUUGAAAAUCAUUUCAUGCCUUUGACUGCUUCGAAGGAGAUUCCAAUUAGGGCAGCCAUGUCAAACUCUUUUGGUUUUGGAGGAACAAAUACAUCCCUACUGUUCUCGGCCAUCUCUUAGAACGGCUGACUGCGUAUUAUUGAUGUUACUUGCUGCAGAGUUUUGCAAAAGUAGAUGACCUGCUUGUUUCCUCAAUGCCAAAAUGGCCGCUACCUUUUCAUAAAUUACUUUUUUUCGUUUUCCUUUUUCUCUAGUUCGAGAAUUUUGAUGUAUGUGACUUGUUAGGAGGGAGCUAUUCAGUAUUUAGCUGUAUCGAGAUUAGAAGUUAUCUUCCUUUGCACUUGUGUAAUAAGACUGUAAUUUAAAGAUUGGAGGGACUUAAUGGUCCCAAUUUUCUUAGUACCUUGAGUGGAUUAGCAUUUGAAAGGGCUAAUACAUCAUUUUUCUGUUACCACAGGAUGAGUUGUUAUAUAUUCCUAUGACUUGAUGUGUUGCUCAUUAUUUA